AUCUGGCAGCACUGGCGCUGGCAACAAGGUAAACAAAGCCAGCUGACCCUCAUCGUCUCAAGGCCGCUCACUGACAGCUCGACACAGUCACACUGCUACACACACUGCACCAUGGCCGUGGCUCCGGGAGACUUUAAAAUGGCAGACCUUUGUGUUCCCUCAGAAGCCAAAGAACAGGAGACCCCGACACAGGCUGAAGAUGGACGUUGCAGGAGCCAGAAGAAACCACGACGUAUCCUCCACUUCUCUGAUGGCAUCAUGGAAGAAUACAGCACGGAUGAGGAGGAGGAGGAGGAGGAAAAGAAGAGGCUGAAUCCCAAUCAGAUGCGUGUAGUGGAUCCAAAGACCAUGAAAUGGGGGCCAUGGCUCUACUACUGGAUGGCGUACAGUGGAAGUUCAGCUCUGUCUUUCUGUGACUAUGUUGGGGAGAGUUUGGCAAAUACUCUCGGCAUAACUUCACCCAAGUACCAGUACGAGUUAGAUGAAUACAAUGCAACACUUGAAGAGGAGAAAGCUGAAAAGGAGCGGGAGAAAGCAGAGAUGGCCGGCUGGACCACCACAGCUGCAGCAGAGCCAGGCGACGGCAUCAGGCAUAAAAUAGUGGACACGUCAGUGUUACAGGAACCAACACUGCCUCAGCCUCUGGACCAGUAUAGCAUGAGCCAAGCUGGUUGGAGGAGAGCGUCAGAAACAUCAAUCUACACAAAUUAUACAGUACUCUCCCGAGCUUUGUGAUCCUUGAGUUUCAGGGUGAGUUGUGAAUCCGAGGUUCCUUCUCCGGACACUACAUCGUCUUCAGCCCCGAGUGAAGAUGGCAACUCAAGAAACUGGGACAGGUUCUGAAGGGUAAUGGAAGUAACAGUCAUACAAUUGGUAUAUACAUAUGUCUGCCACUCAGUACACUAGCGAUGAUUGUAACUUGUGAUGUCAUAAGUUAUCCCACUGGAUACAGCACUGGCAGUGUCACAUUUUCUUCUAAGGAUGUGGAAAGAAAGUAUGAAAAGAAUGUUGUCAAUGUUAAAUUAUUCAUCACCUUUAUUUACUUGAGAACCUGACCUGUGUAUGCCAUGUUUUUGAAAAAGUAAAUAACAGUGGAUAACCAACAUGAUUUGAUGCAGAUGAAGUUAAGAUGACAAAGGUUUAGUCUUUCACUUAUUCUUAUACAUAUCAGUUUGAAUCACAUGGUAUAAUGUGACCUCACCAAAGUUGUGUGAGAAAGAGAGAAUCCUCAAAAGGGUUGAAUGCUUCCUUAGUAGUGAGAUUCAGGACAAGAAGGGAAAAAACUAAAGAGAACUAAAGAUGUAAAGUAAUUGACAAGGCUGGCAGUAAUCUUUGAUGACAGAUGCAUGGAGGUGAAAAUGAUAUCAACUUAUAUCAAGUCCAAUCAGCCACACCAUUUUCAAUAAUGGUUGAUGGACUGUGAUGCUUUGGAUUCAAAAUUAAGUCAGAGUUUCUUGAUACUCAUUUCUUUAAUUUGGAGAACAUGUAAUAAAGUUUAGUGUAGGAUAUGGUCAGUGGAGAUGAAAUGUUUAUAUAUUUAAGGGAAAACGAGUUGUGGCACCACAACAAGAAAUUCACAUUGUGGCAGAUGAAUUCUAACACUACUCUGACCAAAGGACUGCUGUAUGCUCGGAUUCAACUCAAAAUUUUUUGGAAGUAAUCUGAACACUAUACUAUGGAACAGCUAUUCCCCUAGUAAUCUGAGAACUUUUUAUGUGAACAAAUGAAAUUUGAAAAUGUAGGAGUGGUAUGUCUAAUAAGGGUAGUAUAAUGAAAGAUGAACUGGUGGAAACUAUAAAAUUAGACCCCUGGAGAUAAUCAUCUGCAGGAAAUGAUUAAGAUUGAGAAAAACUUGUGGAUGUAAGAUGCCAACCACUAAGAGAGAGAGAGAGAGAGAGAGAGAGAGAGAGAGAGAGAGAGAGAGAGAGAGAGAGAGAGAGAGAGAGAGAGAGAGAGAGAGAUGUGUGUGAUGUAUGACAAGAUAAGAUUUAUAUUAUGACAUCAGACUUUUCUGCCAAGGCCAUUCCCUUGAAGCUGUCACACUAUGAAAAGAAUCACACAAUAGAAUCCUAAUAGUGUUUCAUAAUUUGUAUUGUGAGGACUUGUUUCCUACAUAACUUAGUGGUUAGGUUUGUGUUUGUUAGCAAGUUAGCUAUUCAGUUUGUUCUGUAAUCAAAAAUAGCUAAUCUAAAGGUUUUAAAACAGAUACAUUGUUGAUAGUGAUUGAAAUAUAUAUUGUGUCUAUAGUGGAAAAUCAAGUGAAAUAUAUUUUAUAUGAAAAUAGUAUUUAUAGUCUAAAAUAGAUAAGGAAAAUAUAUUACUAUGAAUUGACUUAUGAUUAUUACUAUGAUUCAUAUCUAUAUCCUUUGUUGUGAUUAGCAUAUCUAGUCAGUAACAAGUUACUUCUAGAUUCUUGAUUAUGUAACCCUUUGAAUGCUGCAGGUUCUCCACAGCCUCAGUAAAAUGGUUGUGGUGCAAGUCUAGAGCAUAAUCUGGAAAGACAACACUGAUAACAAAAGGAGUAGUCAAGUACUAAUUCAAAUCUUUUGAUGUGAAUAGUUUUAUUUUUGCUUAGUAAAACUGUUUAGCAUUACUCAAAUGAAGCAAGUAACGUCAUGCUGUUGGAAACAGUCAAAGGGUUCAUGACAAUCCCAGACUGUUUGUUCAGUCAAAGGUAAUCUCAUAUGCAGAUCUGGUCCCAUGCUGUAUACAUAAAAACAAUUAAGCUAUCAAGUACAUCUAACCUGAUUGUGUGAGAUCUCUCAUAUGUAAAACUUUAAUGUUGAGGGAAAAGUAUAUUUCUAUGCAUAGAAAAUAACUAAUAUUUUCUCUGGAUUUUCUUAGAAUGUGACUGUACAUAUUGUCUCAUACCUUACUUAUUGAUCUUGUCUCCCUGUCCAGUCCAUGAGAAAGUAAGUCUUAAUUUCCUAUUUAUGACACAACAGUAAGCAGAUCUUAGCGUCAUGUCACCGUCCAGCUUUGUGUGGUCCUUAGUGAGGGGGAAAAUAAUGUAAUCAUCUAUCACAUUCAAAGUGAUGUGUUAUGAGUUUGCUGCAGUGAUCUAAUUCUGUGAUAAUUAUAGAGAAAGUUACUUUUCAGUUUUAUGUCUUAGCUGCCAAACAUAUUGAGCAGCUACAUGUUAAGAAUUUAGUUAUUAUGCAAAUCUUGUAUGUCUAUAUUAUAUGUAAACUCAUCAGUAUGGCAGGAUGAAACACUUUGGGUACACUGCUACUAAUGUAGCUGACAGUGAGCUAUGCUCCAUUUUACAGCAUCAUGGAAACACUAGUAAACUGAUUUGAAGGGGAGACAUUGUUGUUAAGGAUCAAACUCUGGCAGGAUACUCGAAGGUCCAGCACAUCACCAACUGGGCCAAGUUGAUCACCAUGGCCCAGGUGGGUGUGUGGUCUUUCACUCUAAGAGUAUCAUGGAAAACUUUGUCCCCAAGCCUGCCUCUUGUAUACUGAUUUGUUGUUUGUUAUGAAUGCACUCUGUCAUCUGUCCAUUCUCAAUAUAUCAGAUGAGAGAUUAAGUUACUGUAGGUUUUGGUGACUGAACAAAAGAAAAUAACCAGAUUGUAAUAGCUUUAUAUAUGAUUUUCUGCUUUUAAGAAUGUGAUUAUGAUAGUAGUGAGUUGUGAUAUAAUUAUGAAAAUAUAUUAUAUAUGUAGAUCUGUAAUUUUAAUGCACAAAUAUUGAUAUCCUCAUAAAAAAAUGAUAUGCAGUAAUUUUGUGUUCCAGUUCUACAUUAUGCAAAUUUUACAUAGAUACAAAGUUUAUAUAUCAGUGAAUUAUUUUUGUAGCAGAUAAGGAGCACAAAAUAUAUUUGAUAUGCAUUA